AUGGAAGGAGGAGGAGGAGGAGAAGAAGGAGCCUCGUCCCGGCCGAGCCAGAGGAGUCCUUCUGCGUCUGUCCCCCUCCCUGAUCGGGGCGCGGCGGCGAAGAAGGCGGCGUGCUUGCUGGCUGCGGCGUACGGGCUGAAGCUCCUCUGCCCGCUGGUCUGCAGACGGAUCAGGCGGGCGGGCUGCAAAAAGGACCUGCGGCAGCAACGGCAGGUUGCUGGCCGGGCUGCAGGAGGGGAUCUUCCCAAGGAGGAGAAGGAGGCGGUGGAGGCAGCGGCGCGGCUGCUGCAGAAGCAGGAUUGCUCCGGACUGCCGGCCGGCAAAGCCUCGCCGGCGGCCGAUGCGGAAUUUUUCCGGCAGCUGCUGGAACUUCGCAAGAUCCUCUUCCCUAAGUUGGUGAGCCCGGAGAGCGGGUGGCUGUGCCUCCAUUCGGUGGCCUUGGUCUCCCGGACCUUCCUCUCCAUCUACGUGGCCGGUUUGGACGGCAAGAUCGUCAAGAGCAUCGUGGAGAAGAAGCCGCGCAGCUUCGCCUUGAAGCUGAUCAAGUGGCUCAUGAUCGCCAUCCCGGCCACUUUCGUCAACAGCGCCAUCCGCUACCUGGAAUGCAAGCUGGCCUUAGCCUUCCGCACCCGCCUGGUGGAUCAUGCCUACCAGACCUACUUCGCCGACCAGACCUACUACAAGGUGAUCAACAUGGACAGCAGGCUCGCCAACCCGGACCAGUCCCUCACCGAGGACAUCAUGAUGUUUUCCCAGUCGGUGGCCCACCUCUACUCCAACUUGACCAAACCCAUUCUGGAUGUGGUGCUCACCUCCUACACCCUCAUCCAGACGGCCAGGUCCAGGGGAGCCAGCCCCAUCGGACCCACGCUUUUAGCCGGCCUGGUCGUAUAUGCCACUGCCAAGGUGCUGAAAGCCUGCUCGCCCAGAUUUGGCAAACUGGUGGCUGAGGAAGCCCAUCGGAAGGGCUACCUACGUUACGUCCACUCGCGAAUUAUAGCCAACGUGGAGGAGAUUGCCUUCUACAGAGGGCACAAGGUAGAAAUGAUCCAGCUGCAGAAGAGUUACAAAGCUCUGGCAGAUCAAAUGAACCUCAUUUUGUCCAAACGUUUAUGGUACAUCAUGCUAGAACAGUUCCUAAUGAAAUAUGUCUGGAGUUGCAGCGGUUUGAUUAUGGUGGCUGUACCAAUCAUUACUGCAACAGGAUUUGCGGAUGGUGAAUUAGAUGAUGGUCAGAAGCAUGCGAUGGUCAGCGAGCGGACAGAAACCUUCACUACUUCUCGCAAUUUAUUGGCCUCUGGAGCAGAUGCCAUUGAAAGGAUUAUGUCUUCCUACAAAGAGGUCACGGAGUUGGCAGGCUACACAGCCCGUGUUUACAACAUGCUUUCUGUCUUUGAUGAAGUGAAGAGGGGCAUUUACAAAAGGGCAGCCGUUUCUCAAGAAUGUGAAAGUAACAACAAAAAGAGAGAUAAAACAGAACGACAUAUUGAUGGCCCCUUAGAAAUCAAGGGAAGAGUGAUAGAUGUUGAUCAUGGGAUUAUCUGUGAAAACGUUCCUAUUAUUACCCCCAACGGAGAUGUGGUGGUUUCCCGACUAAACUUCAAAGUGGAGGAAGGGAUGCAUCUUCUAAUCACUGGGCCCAAUGGCUGCGGGAAGAGUUCUCUCUUCAGAAUUCUUAGUGGUCUCUGGCCUGUCUAUGAAGGAGUCCUCUACAAACCACCUCCUCAACAUUUGUUCUAUAUUCCUCAAAGGCCUUACAUGUCCAUUGGAAUGCUGCGGGAUCAAGUUAUCUACCCUGACACAGUAGAUGACAUGCAUGAAAAGGGGUACCAAGAUGAGGAUCUCGAGCGUAUCCUACAGAUAGUCCACUUGAAUCACAUCGUUCAGAGGGAAGGAGGGUGGGAUGCUGUGACGGAUUGGAAAGAUGUUCUGUCUGGAGGGGAAAAGCAAAGGAUGGGCAUGGCUCGAAUGUUUUACCACAAGCCAAAAUAUGCUUUGCUGGAUGAAUGUACAAGUGCUGUCAGCAUUGAUGUGGAAGGAAAGAUAUUCCAGGCUGCUAAGGGAGCUGGCAUAUCCCUUCUUUCAAUAACACACAGGCCAUCUCUUUGGAAGUAUCACACACACUUACUACAGUUUGAUGGAGAAGGCGGCUGGCGUUUUGAACAGCUGGACACUGCAAUCCGCUUAACCCUCAGUGAGGAAAAACAAAGACUAGAAUCCCAGCUUGCAGGCAUGCCAAAAAUGCAGCAGAGACUGAAUGAACUUUGUAAAAUCUUAGGGGAAGAUUCUGUGCUUAAAACCAUGGAUAAAGAGGAAUAAAUGUUUUAGUUUACA